AUAGUCGUUAUACAUUAUGGUAAACUGGGAUGGUGGAAAUUAUACCGUGGGUGCUAAACUAAAGUCUAAAAGAGUGAGUAGAGGACGGAAAAUAAAUAAAUAAGAAAAGGAUGUAAUCAUACGUAUAGAGAGUGAUUGAAGGACGAGGUCCACGACGAGCGAGAGAAAACAGCCCGCUUCAACAGGAGAUAGACCACUCCCACCUAUUCCCACGCUUCUUCUUCUUCUUCUUCUUCUUCUUCGCAGAAACACCUACCCUCUGUUGCCAUUUGCUUUUCCUCUACGUGCAGAAUGCAUGAGCAUUAUGAGAUCUGUUUUUACGGCUCACCUCACUCUCAUUUCCAUUGAACCAAUCUGGAUUCAUUCUUGUUUACUGUGCUCUGCUCAUUGCUUUGGAUUUGAUGUUUCUGUCUAGUUAUCUCUGCCUGCUUUGGUUUUCAUUAUGAUUCAUGGAAUAAGUUGUUGAUCCUUUCGAGAGUUUUCGCAAUGGCCGAAAGGAAUGCACCAUCCCUUGUGAUUGUUACUCGGAAAUCUUUCUUCUGUUUGUUCACAUUUACAUCACUACUCUUCGUACUAUCUUGGGUCUUUGUGCUGCGGUCAACCAGUCGCCCUCAAUUCAUAGAAAAUACAUUGCUGCCUAAUUCUAAGCUUCUUGCUGUUAUUGACCAUGCCAUUUCCGCAACUGAGAGUCACAAGGAUGCUGUCGAACCCUCUGUCGGGAAUCGAGCAAUUCUUGUAGAUAAGGAAGGAAAAGAGAGAUCAUCAUCUUCCUCCCGACCUAAUGGUGGUGUGAAAUGUAACACCAAUGAAAAAGAUGUUCUGAAGGUGUUCAUGCAUGAUUUACCUUCUGAGUUUCAUUUUGGACUCUUAGACUGGGAACCCACAGGGGGUGCUGUCUGGCCGGAUCUUCAAACUAAAGUGCCGCAUUACCCUGGUGGCCUGAAUUUGCAACAUAGUAUAGAAUAUUGGUUGACAUUGGACCUCCUUGCUUCAGAACUUCCCAAUCCCCCAAAUGCUCGUUUUGCAAUCAGAGUGCGCAAUGUCACUGAAGCUGAUAUUAUAUUUGUACCAUUCUUUUCUUCCUUGAGCUAUAACCGAUUCUCCAAAAUAGACCCACACCAAAAGAGGAGCAAUAACAAAGUCCUUCAAGAUAAAUUGGUUCAGUAUUUGACAGCUCAAAAGGAAUGGAAGGUCUCAGGGGGAAGAGACCAUUUAAUUGUGGCUCACCAUCCAAAUAGCCUUCUGGAUGCAAGGAUGCAGCUGUGGCCUGCAACUUUCAUACUUUCAGACUUUGGGAGGUAUCCCCCAAAUGUAGCCAAUGUGGAGAAAGAUGUUAUUGCACCAUACAAGCAUGUAGUCAAAACCUUUGUAAGCGAUUCAUCUACUUUUGAGAGCCGUCCAACUUUGCUUUACUUCCAAGGAGCAAUAUACCGAAAAGAUGGUGGUUUUGCUCGGCAAGAGUUAUUCUAUCUUCUUAAAGAUGAAAAGGAUGUGCAUUUUGCAUUUGGGACUGUUCAAAAAAAUGGAAUAAAAGAUGCAACGCAGGGCAUGCAUUCCUCCAAAUUCUGUCUUAACAUAGCUGGUGACACCCCAUCGUCAAAUCGGCUUUUUGAUGCGAUUGCGAGCCACUGUGUGCCUGUUAUCAUCAGUGAUGAUAUUGAACUCCCAUAUGAAGAUGUGCUUGACUACUCUGAGUUCUGCAUAUUUGUUCGUACAAGUGAUGCUGUUAAAAAGGACUAUCUUAUUAACCUCAUAAGAAGCAUUGGUAGGGAUGAGUGGACGCGAAUGUGGAAGAGAUUACAGGAGGUUCAAAAUUUCUACGAGUUUCAUUACCCGUCAAGAGAGGGUGAUGCAGUUCAGAUGAUAUGGAGAGCAGUUGCUCGAAAGGUUCCUGGGAUAAAAUUGAAGCUGCACAAGUCUAGACGGUUCUCUCGUACUCCUAUCCAGAAUGAGAAGGGGUUGACAAGGAUACCAUCACCGAAAAACUUUUGGUAGAUAACCUACAUCCUUUGUGGCCGACUUUUUGACUACUAACCAAUACUCAGGACAAACGAUCAAUUAACUUCCACUUGAUACAAUACAAGAUUACAAGGACAUCUAAAUGGCUAAAUUUAGUAGUGUUACCCCCUUUUAAGAUCCACUUGGUCUACUGGGAAUAUGAAUUAGUUGAUAGUCAUAUUUCGUUUGCUAGAGUUGGAAGUUGAAACUUUUAGUUGAACUGUAAUUGAUUCCCUUCUGUAUGUGUAUUUUCUUUUGUGUGAUCUCAGAUAAAUGAUGUAGACACGAGU